GCUCCCGCCACCUCUUUGUCAAAACGCGGGGAAGACUUCGUAUCACCGCCGUUUGGAUAAACGAUUCCUGGGAACCAACUACGAUCCGAGCUACACGACCGUGCUGCAAUAUGGCAGGCCCCCUCAUACCUCUCGCCGAGAUCCCGUCCGUUUCACUCCUGUACAAGCUGAAGCGGUUGGUCCCCGCGGCGUCCCCUCUGGCGUCGCCGUCCAAGGCCUUCAACGACACGAUCGCGUUGGUUCGCAAUGACAUCACAAAGCUGCAGGGGGUCGACUGCAUCGUCAACGCCGCAAACGAGAGCCUGCUGGGCGGCGGGGGCGUCGACGGCGUCAUCCAUCGCGCCGCGGGGCCCGACCUGCUGCGCGAGUGCCGCACCCUGGACGGCUGCGACACCGGCGACGCCAAGAUCACCGCCGCAUACGAGCUCCCCUGCAAAAGAAUCAUCCACACCGUCGGACCUAUCUACGAAUCCGAGCGCCGACGCGGGGGCGCCCGGUGGCCCGAGUCGCUGCUCCGCAGCUGCUACCGUCGCAGUCUGGAGGUGGCCGUGGAGAAUGACAUGAGGAGCAUCGCGUUCUCGGCCGUCAGCACGGGCGUAUACGGGUACCCGAGUGAAGCCGCCGCCCGGGCGGUAUUGGAUGAGACGCGCCAGUUCCUGGAGACCGCUGGCAAUAUCGGCAAGUUGGAGCGCAUCAUCUUCUGCAAUUUUGAGCGCAAGGACGAGGUGGCCUAUGAGAAGCUCGUGCCUUUAUUCUUCCCACCCGAGGAUCAGGAUGUUCCCAGCAACGACAUCACCCACGAGCAGAGUGAAUCCCAGUCAACAAGCACCGACGGUGAGUCCUUACUGUCAUCCGAAGUACUCGCAGCCAAGCUCCCCGACGCGCCCACCAUGGAGCCCGGACUGGACGGCCAACCGGAGACCAAGAAGCAGAGGGUUAACGAGACCGCGACCACGCAGCGAGGUAAAAGCUACAUCGAGGACUUCUCCAUCAAAUCGGAUGACGACUGGGAGGAAGUGGACAAGUCCGAGGACGGGCGCACGGAGAGAUUGGACGAUGACCCCGUCGAGGUCGACCGGCCUCCUUCGGCCACCGACGUGCAAAGCGUCCAGUCGAGCGGCAUCAUCGACAUGGAUGGCUCACAGUCGUCGUCGGAUGGGAUUUUGUCCAAGGAUAGCCUCAUGACCAAGGAUUGGUAAUUGAGACUGGCGACUAUGAAUAAUCAUGCACAAAACUCAUGACAAAUUCGUUACUUUAUGAUUCGGCUGGCGUCUGGGACUGAAUGUUCAGUGGUCUUGUGCGAAUGGAGCAAUGCACACCACCCCCAUCGACAUUGAGAUUUUCCAUCAAUUAUGAUAGCUAAUGC